AUGAUGCCAGCCGCAAAACGCCAGAAGAUGGGCCAAAAUCCAUCCCUCGUGGAGGUGGCAACGCCGAACGCUGUCGAUACAAUUCGGGAUUCAUCCAACACCCAAGCGCUUGCAACUGCUACCCCUCGACUACAAAACAACCCUUCUCGAGUGGUUACUAGGCAAAAGAACCUUGUUUUUCGCGUGACUGGUCUCCCAGCCUCACAGACGAGCGAUGCGUUGGUGGAUUUUAUCCGCGAAAAUCUAUUAAAGGGUGAAGAGCAGUCGCAGCUGAAAGUCAUUGCAAGCAUCGUACCGUCUUGCUCCAACAAUGGGCAGGAGACGGUUGCGUUGGUAGAGUUUGGCGGCAGAGUUCCUGGUUUCUUGUCCGCGCUGGACGCGAACCCUCUGGAAGAUUGGCAGGUUGAGAUGGGUGAUGUGGAUAUAAAUUUUGACCAGCACUUCUUUGGGUUUACACAGCUCUACGCCCCCAAAGAAGACAAGGCAGUUACCGCAGACCUUGAUGCUAAUCCACUGGGUCGCAGUAUAAUCGCCAUCACCGGCCUCGAUGGACACGCAUAUGGCUCCUGGAGGGGUAAGGGAAACCUUGGACGGAUGUGGUUGCGCCAUUUCCUGUCCAAGGACUUGCCCUACUGUCGUACAAUGACCUAUGGUUACAACUCGAAGCUCUCAGCCCGUGGGGUCGACACCAUUAUGGAUUAUAGCCGGGGGCUGAUGGAGGCACUCAAGAAAAUCCGGAACACAGAGGAGCUAAGGCAGCGACCGCUCUUCUUCAUCGCACACAGCUUUGGCGGUAUCAUACUCGCACACUGCCUUGUAAAGGCGGUCCAAACGAACGAAGACGAUCAUCCAACGAUUGCAACGCUCCACAAGGCUACAUACGGGAUGCUUCUCUUUGGGAUUCCGCAUAAAGGGCUAGUGGUAGAUGAUAUUGAACAGAUGCUAGCUGGUCGAGAUAACCACCCGCGGAGCUCGCUACUUCAGCAGAUCAGACUCAAGUCUGACUUGCUAGAGAAUCAGCUAACCGAUUUCAAGAAUCUGGUCCGGGACCGAAAGAUUGUAAGCUUCUACGAAACAAGGCAGACUAGGCAGCUUCAAUUUGACAGCGACAGCCAACGCUGGGAAAGAACCGGCGACUUCAUUACCAAGGUGGACAACGACUCAGCCCUUCUUCAACUCCCCGACUUCAUGGAGGAUAAAAUCCCCCUGGACUCGGAUCAUUCAAUGAUGGUCAAGUUUGGUAAUAGAAAUGAUACGGGAUAUACCAGUGCGCUGGAUAAGCUUCAACAGUUUGAGCAGGAAGCUUCAAACGUGGUGAAAGCUCGCUUUUCGCGAGUCCUGCGGACUUCGACUGUGAAGUAUUUGAUACCCUAUACAAGUAAUUCAGACUUUGUAGGACGCUCAGAAAUCUUGAAAACACUAAAGGACCAGCUGGGGCAUACACAACAGACGGGCAGUACAUCUCAAGCAAGAGCAUCACUAUAUGGCUUAGGGGAGGCAGGUAAAACGCAAAUCGCAUUGGAAUAUGCAUUCCAGCUGCAAAAGACACACCCUAUAGUUUCCGUGUUCUGGAUCCAUGCUAGCAGUGCCGCCCGAUUUCGCCAAGCGUUCGGAUCUAUCGCACAAGAGUGCGGCAUCCCUGGCUACGCGGAAUCAAAGGUUGACGUGCUGCUAUUAGUGAAGAACUGGUUGGAAGAGGAGAACCACGGAGAGUGGCUCAUGAUCAUUGAUAACGCCGAUGAUAUGCAGCUUUUCUUUGGCCAGCCUCCGGGCACUGCUACAAGCCCCAGCAAAGUGGAAGAUGAGAAGAAUCUGGGUCGAUACUUGCCUGAAUGUGCCCACGGUACAAUUCUCAUCACGACAAGGAACAAACAGGUGGGAGUCAGGAUGACCAAAGGACGGCAGCCGAUAGAAGUGUUGCGAAUGAAUGAGGAGGAGUCAGCACAGCUCCUCCGUGCGAAGCUCAAAGACACAAGCGCAACCAUUACUGAAUUGUCAACGCUCUCUUCUCAAUUAGAACACUUGCCUUUAGCUUUGGCUCAGGCUGCUUCGUUCAUUCAAAAAACUAGCAUCACAGUGCACAAAUACCUUCAACUACUAAGAAAUAGCGACAUGGACAUCAUGCACCUGCUGAGCAGGGAAUUCGAGACGGUCGGACGAAAGACAGAAGCUCCUCAGGCAGUAGCACAAACAUGGAUGCUUUCAUUCCAGCAGAUCGAGCAGCAGCACGUCUUAGCCAGCGAGCUCCUCUCCUUUAUGAGUAUGCUCGAUCGACAAGAUAUCCCGGCUGAGUUUUUAUCGCAUUAUGGCGAACAAGCAAAGGGCGCGGUCCCGCGAGGCGAAAUAGAGCUUACAGAAGCGCUGGGUAUCCUCAAGGCCUUCUCCUUCGUGACGGAGAACAGUGGCAACUUCGAUAUGCAUCGGCUUGUACAGUUGGUGACGCGCAAGUGGCUUACGAGCCGGGGAACGAUUCAUCGAUUCGGCACGGAAGCACUGAUGACUGUGUCGAAAAUGUAUCCCUUCGGCAAAUACGAGACCCGAACAAAAUGCGCCGCCUACCUCUCACAUGCAAACGCUGUGUUACAGUUAAAUGGGUUGCAAUCACGAGAUGAGAACAUAGCAAGGGCAUAUCUUCUCCAUAGUAUUGCUGCUUACUUCGAAAUUGAGGGCAAAUGGAGUCAAGCAGAGGUGUUCAUUACAGAGUCAAUAGAGAUACGAAGAGAGUUAUUAGGCGCAGAUGAUCUAGAUACACUGGCCAGCAUGCACAACCUUGCAGUAACAUACAUAUACCAGGGCCGAUGGAAGGAGGCCGAGGAUUUACACGUGCAAGUGAUGAGAACUCGCAAGAUAAAGCUAGGCGCAGAUCAUCCAGAUACACUGGCCAGCAUGUACAACCUAGCCCACACGUGGAAAAGGCAAGGUCGAGAUAAUGAUGCCCUAACUUUAAUGAAGACCUGUGCGCAAGCUCGGCAUCAAGUCCUAGGUCCGAUGCAUCCUGGGACGAUCCGGGCUCAAUCAUGGAUAGAAAAGUGGGAGAUUUAG